AUGGCUCGAAAUGAGUCAACGCAGCAGCCAGGAAGCUCUGGGAGCAAUGGAAUUUCUGUUGAACAAAACGGGUCGACAAAGCCAUCGAAAAUCACGGUGAAAGGUGAGUUUUUUGAUAUUUCGCAACUCUCAUAAUCAUUUAUUUAUUUUCAGUGAUCUCUGCUUCACUCAGUAAAGCAGCUGAUUGUUAUGUGGAAGUUAGCAGUGAUUCUCCAACUGUUACCACAAAGAAAACUGCUGUCAAGAAGAAGACAUUGUCUCCAGAAUGGAAGGAAAAUAUCAACGUCACUGCUAUCGAUUCGUCAACAUUGACUUUCCGAGUUCUUCAAAAGGUCAAACUUUUUGAAGAUUCUUUGAUUGGCAUGGGAAAAUUGAAGCUUUCUACUCUUGAAAGAACUGAAAAUGGAGAAUGUAUGUUUAUAUUUGAGUUUAUUGAUUUUUGAUGAUGAAAUUCAUAUUUUUAGUGAAAGUUCCGGAGAUGAGUAUUCAACUCACAGGAAAAGAUUACACCAAGACCGACACAUUAUUAAUUGCGUUGGCUGGUUUUAUCGAUAAAAAACGGCGGAGUGCAGGUAUUUCAGUUUUAUUGAUUAUCGAUUUUUUCUUAACCAGUUUUGUGUAAUCACAUGACACAUACUAGUAUGACUAAAAACGUAUUGUUUGUUUUUUGCAGGAUCCAGAGGAGAAUCAAGCGUAUCAGAAGCAUCAACAUCAAAUGGUGUUUCGUCUGCUUCGAGGAGAGCAAACUCUGGAAAACGAGAUACGAUAGCUCCGCAAGCAAAUGCAGCUGCUCAACCAGUUGCAGAUGAACAACUUCCUGAUGGUUGGGAGAUGCGCUUCGAUCAAUAUGGACGGAAAUACUAUGUUGAUCAUACCACCAAAAGUACCACCUGGGAAAAGCCAUCAACACAACCACUCCCAUCUGGUUGGGAAAUGAGAAGAGAUCCACGUGGAAGAGUGUAUUAUGUUGAUCACAAUACACGAACUACAACUUGGCAACGUCCAACUGCUGAUAUGCUCGAAGCUCACGAACAAUGGCAGUCUGGAAGAGAUCAGGCAAUGAUGCAAUGGGAACAACGAUUCUUGUUGCAACAGAAUAACUUCAACGCUGAUGAUCCGUUGGGACCACUUCCGGAUGGCUGGGAAAAACGACAAGAUCCAAAUACUGGUCGAAUGUAUUUCGUCAACCAUGUAAAUAGAACAACUCAAUGGGAAGAUCCAAGAACACAAGGAGGAUCAGAUCAACCACUUCCAGACGGUUGGGAAAUGCGGUUCACCGAGCAAGGUGUUCCGUUCUUCAUUGAUCAUCAAUCCAAAAGCACAACUUACAAUGAUCCUCGAACCGGAAAACCAGUUGGACCAUUGGGCGUUGCUGGUGUUCAAAUGGCAAUCGAGAAGAGUUUCCGUUGGAAAAUCGCGCAAUUCCGAUAUUUAUGUCUUUCAAAUAGUGUUCCAAAUCAUGUCAAAAUUACGGUUUCAAGAAACAAUGUUUUCGAGGAUUCAUUCCAAGAAAUAAUGAGGAAAAAUGCUGUGGAUUUGCGACGAAGAUUGUAUAUUCAAUUCAAAGGCGAAGAAGGAUUGGAUUACGGAGGUGUCGCAAGGUUUGUUUUGUUUGUCCUUCGAAUUAAUAAUUAAUUUUUUACUUUUUUCAGAGAAUGGUUCUUUUUGUUGUCACACGAAGUUCUCAAUCCAAUGUAUUGUCUUUUCAUGUAUGCGGGUAACAACAACUACAGUUUACAAAUUAAUCCAGCUUCAUUUGUCAAUCCUGAUCAUCUCAAAUACUUCGAAUACAUUGGUCGAUUUAUUGCAAUGGUGAGUGAUUAAGAUACAGAAGAAAAACUUCAAUAAAAUAAUUUUCAGGCUCUUUUCCACGGAAAAUUCAUCUAUAGCGGGUUCACCAUGCCAUUCUACAAAAAAAUGCUCAAUAAAAAGAUUGCUUUGAAGGAUAUCGAACAAGUUGACUCAGAAAUUUACAACUCGCUGAUGUGGAUCAAAGAAAACAACAUCGAUGAGUGUGAAAUGGAACUCUACUUUGUUGCCGAUUUUGAAUUGUUGGGAGAAGUCAAAUCACACGAAUUGAAAGAAGGUGGAACCAACAUUGCGGUUACGGAAGCCAACAAGCUCGAAUAUAUCGAAUUGUUGGUGGAAUGGCGUUUCAAUCGAGGAGUUGAGCAACAGACGAAGGCGUUCUUCACUGGUUUCAAUUCAGUGUUCCCUCUCGAAUGGAUGCAAUAUUUCGAUGAAAGAGAACUUGAAUUGCUUCUUUGUGGUAUGCAAGAUGUUGAUGUGGAUGAUUGGCAACGAAACACAGUUUAUCGCCAUUAUGCUCCUCAAAGCAAACAAGUCGCGUGGUUCUGGCAAUGGGUGCGAAGUUUGGAUCAAGAAAAACGAGCCAGACUUCUUCAAUUCGUCACAGGAACAUGUCGUGUGCCUGUUGGUGGUUUUGCCGAACUUAUGGGUUCCACUGGUCCUCAAUUGUUCUGCAUUGAAAGAGUUGGAAAAGAAAACUGGCUUCCUCGAUCUCACACCUGCUUCAAUCGACUAGAUUUACCGCCAUAUCGUAGCUAUGAGCAAUUGGCUGAAAAGCUAAACAUGGCUAUCGAAAUGACGGAAGGAUUCGGUAAUGAGUAG